CUCAAGAUGGCCUCCGAGAAGGAUGACUUUUCUCAAUACAUAAUUUCUCGCGAGGUUGAUAUAAAUCUUUUAAACUGCGGCUCUGCCUUUUCUGGACUAACAGAAAAAGAAAAGCUUUAUGCUCAUUACCUGUGUCGAGCGUCAUGGGAGGGUUCUCUCAUUUGCUUGCUUCAGACUUCUCCUGAGUCACCAGGAAUCUUUUUACUUUUACAAAACUUAUUCCAUGCGGAACCUAUAGAGAAGCUUGUAGAGAGACUUUUACGGAUUGAAAAUGGUCCUUCCAAGGAUGAAGUAGAGGUAAGUUACAAAUAAGAGGUGGAGUACUUGCAGAAUAUCCGGCCCACUAAAUGUCUUGCUUGGAAUUGAAAACUGCUCCCGCGGUCCCACAGUCGUGUUCUAUUGUUAAAUACUUAAAUAAAAGUGUGUAAAACGAGUGCUCCUACAGUCUUGCACUCCUGCAGUCGCUGAAAAGUGAUAAUCCUGCAUAUUUUCUGGCCUGAGACUAUCUCCAACCAAGAACUUCUCUCCCGUUGUAACCAAGAGAGCAUGGCGACCAUCAUCAUACGAAGGCGAUGGGGAUGGAUCGGAAUGUCACCCGCAGAGAGCAGGGCAGCAUCACAGCCCUACAGCAUUGGACACCAGAAGGAAAACAUAAGUGGGGACAACCCAAGAACACCUGGAGUCAGACAGUGAAAGGGGAGCUCAAGACCCUACAGCAUACCUGGGGAACCAUUCAGAAGCUUGCCCAGAACAGAAAGGAGUAGUGAUCCUUUGUUCCUGCCCUGCAUGCCUGAAGGCAUUCAUGGGCAUGAGUGAGUGAGUGAGUGAGUGUGAGUAAAACGAGUGCUCCUACAGUCCCGCACUACUGCAGUCGCUGAAAAGUGAAUAUUAACUGGGUAUACAACUGGUGCUUCUGCAGUCCCUCACUCCUGAAGUCAAUGUUAAGUAACUGGUGUACUCUUAGAAUGAGGUAUACUAGUGCUCCUGCAGUCCCGCAGUCCCCUAGUAGACGUCAGAAUUUAUUAUGCAAAUUGGAUGACUGUGAGACUGCUGGAGUCUUAGUUCACUUUGAUGAGAGCGGUGUUUAGAGGGUACUGUCAUAUAAUUUAUCAGCAUACACAGGCUUGUCUUUUACACCCUUGAAAUCUAGGCGUGAGGAUAUUAUUUUUAGAAUAUUGAUAUAUGGUUCAUAUUUAGUCUGCAAUAUUAAACUAGGGGAUUUUUGUGCAUUCAAAGUCUAGAGUAGCAAAAAAUCAGGGUCUGGUACAAUAAAAUUUGACCUUCAGAGGUAAGUGAUCAAGAUAUCUGAAACUAUAAUGUACAGUGUGUAAGUUGUGUUGUAGUUUAUUCGUUAUCGGGGAAUUUUUUUUAUGUACAAAAGAACAUCCUCUCUUAAUCUCUUAGAAUUUCUUGAUAUAUGCUGCUGCUUUCUAUGGUAACCUUGGUAACUACAAGUCUUUUGGGGAUACCAAGUUUGUUCCAGAUUUACCCAAGGUAAUUAUAUCUGAAACUGUCAGGCUCAUUUCUCUAGUUACCUGCUGAUUAUACAUAGUGUUUGAUGUUAAUAGACAUUCAGGCUGUGAUGAUAUUGUGUCAACAAAGAUGCUAAUCUUUUUCCUCUUCAUUGUUUUCUUUUUCUGCCUGAUCUUGAAUGAUUUCUUUGGGCUGUAGUACAAUAUACCUGACUUACUUGUAGUCUUGAAGAUUGGGAUAGUUUAAUUAUUAUUUUCAUGCCCCCAAUUUACAGGUGGGCGUUUUUUUCCCUCUGAGUGGGUAAAACCUUAUUUUGCUUGGAUCUUUAAGGAAAAACUUCAAAGCAUCAUCUUCUCCAGCAAGGCCUAUGAAGAUGAUCCUAAGAGAAUGGAACAAUUAUGGAAUGCUUGUGAGGAUGCAAUGUUCUCUCUCAACCCCAGAACACAGCAGCUAGGCCUUGGAGAACAGGUAUUCAAAAGAUUUGUCAAUCCACCUGCCUUAUAAUUACUUUAAAUUACUGGUAAAAUAACACAGCCCUGUCAAAGUGAGCUGACGCCCGGCAAUUUUUCCACCUUUAGUGGAACGUUUGCUUCCUAAUCAACACUUGAGUUUAUUAAUACUAAAUAAAAACUACACAAAUUUAGGUCUUUGUUGCCUGUUUCUGUGUGGCUAUGUCUCCUGCUGAGUAUUGUGAAACGCGUUGACUGGUUGGAAAAUAGUGUCAGUCAUAUUACUUGUUAUGGGUACCAUGUUGGAAAAAGAACUUCUUUUAUACCUCUGUGGUUAUUGUUGACCACCACUCAUUCCUGGAAAAGGUAAUACCUUCAACCUAUUCUUUUUAGGGCCUUUCAACAUACUAUUCUAGUAACUGUACCAAGACUGAUGCUGAAUUUGCUCAAGAGUUUAUGAAAGAAAAGGUACGAUUGAUGCUUUCUUACAAUGUAAGUUAGGUGUAUAAAAAUGUUUUUGGUCAAAAUUAAAUUCACAGGGCUCGAAAUUAUAACUCUCUGGUCGCCAGUGGGACUAAAAUUUGAGCGAUGGCUGCUACAUUUUAAGACAUGGUUGCCAAUAGGCCAGUCACCUUAUGUUUUAAUAAAAAACCUCCAAUCACAUCUCUAAUUAAUAGAGUAAUGAGUUUACUGGUGGUAAAACAGAGUAUCGUUCUGUGUUUUCCAGCUACUCAAAAACGUGCGCGAACAAAUUACCUUUUGUCAAGGAGAAGCGUAGAUAACGCAAGACUUACAAUGUACAACUUUUGCCAUAUGUCAGAUUGUUUCUUCAAUAUAUGUGUAUGAUGUUAGGCCCGGUUCAGACGCCAUACCUUUCAUAAACCAAACCUAAUACUUUGAAUUAGGUACAUGAAAAGUUUCGCAUCUGAACAGCUCAGCCGUUCUUUUCAUCUAGCCCAGCCGGGAAUUUCCUUUGAGCUUCUUUGGAAAGGCUUUGAUUUAGAUGCUGAACUUUUCUUGUACCGAACCUAAUGCAUAUUAUAAUGUAUUUUGUAAGCAGUUUGACCGAAAUGAGCACUUUCUCCUUUUGAAUUAAGUUUGGCUGGAAUUAAGAUCGGCAUCUGAAUCAAUUCAGCCGGUCGAAAUAAUUUGGGUCGGCCUUAAUUUGAAUUAGGUUUGGCUCAUGAAAAGUUCAGUGAACCGGGCCUUAGACUGAGACAAGGGUAGUGUUGUAUGAACAAAUGUACAGGUGAAUAAAAAAUAAAAGCAAAGAGUAAAAUUGUACAAACUAAGGGAACUGAUUGAACAUAUUGUUGGACACAUCAAGCAUCAUUGAAUAAUCGAAGUAGUUCAUGAUUUGGCAAAGAAGUGAGCCUAAUAAAUAACCCAACAUGUAAGUUUUAGGAGCCAUGCAUGGAAACCUCUUCCACUGGUGUAUGAGGAUUUCAGUCUGAAAAAGUCUUUCACAGAUUUUACUACUACUCCAGGAAAUGAAGAAGUAACUAAAGGAGCUCCUUCAUUGUACUAGUAUUUUCUUCUGACAUAACUGUCAUACUGCCUUGAAGUCAUAAACUGGUGACCAAAAAGUUCGCCAGCUGGCGCCUGAAUGAAAAAGUUAAUUUUGAGACCUUAUUCAUGUUGAAAUGUUUUAACCUAGGUUGAUUCUCAGUUUCCUCUGUCUCCUAGUCAUGAUUAUUCAUGAAUUAGGGCUAGAAGACAAAGGAACUUGAGAAUUAAACUAGGUUAAAUAAUACAUUAUUUGCAUUUACCGUUAGUGUUUGUAUAAUACUGUCCCCACAUAAGAGCCUUUGUUUUUGUAACAAGAUGUCUCCCUCACGCUUAUCUUUGCAAAGUGUGGCUAAAGAUAAUCUAUGUUAAUUCCUCACCAGGAUUUCCAUUGAAGUUAUUGAGGGAUAUCUAAGAAUAUUUUUUAGUAGCCACUCAACAUUAAAGCCAGGGUUAAAGUAUCUGUGGAUUUAUUUUUUCAGGAAAUAGAAACAUACAAUACCAGACUGUUUAAGGACGAAAAGAAUGGCCAAGUAACCUACAUUCUUCGUUUGGCAUCAGUUGUAGCUACUGGUAAGAUAAGUUAUUUUUCUUUUACAAUUUGUCAUUACUUUUUUUUAUAGAAAGUCCAUUGACUUGUGUUAGUCUGUGUAAUCAAAUGGUGACAAGUGGAAUAAGAAAAUACACCUUUUGCUGUUCAUUACGAGAAAAUACGCAUUCAUUUGUGUGAAAUGGCGACCAACAGCGCGGAGAUACAUUCAUUAGCACGAAAAUACAAACAUCUGGGCAUAAAUCAGAUUCAAUUACAAUUUUUGCAUUUUAAUCAACAUUCAAUAACACUUUUGGGCAUUCAUAUGCAUCAUUGGGCAUACAAAAGAGAAAAAUAUACUUUCAUUAAUGCCAACAUCAAAGUCAUUAACACCAUUUUGAAAGUCAAUAGGGACAACUGACAUACAUUAAAGUGCAAACACUAUUCAUUAACAUUUUUAUGACACUGUUUGCAAUUCAAUAGCAUUUCUGGACAACCUUAUGAUGGAUAAGACAAACAUUAAUUAAAUGCGCUUGUACAAUCAAUUGAGUGAUCUUUACAUUUAAAUAUAUACAAAAAUCGAUUUUCAAUUAGACAAUACAAAUUCAAACAAAUUUGGCCUGAAUUUUAGUCCGUUAAAUGUAUAUCCCUCAAAAACCUCACUAUUUAAACAUUUUGGGAGGUAGGUUUGCAUGGAAUGGUACCCCUUAGCACAUUUAGCUGCGGUCACAAUGUCAUGUUUCACUGCAGAGCUUCAGCAAGCACUGCAGUUGUUGUUUCCAAACUCCGCUAGUGGGAUUGCUGGGGCUUUGCCCUCUCAUUUCUGAUAUACAUCUUUAAAUUUCCGGACUCGAGAUGUCGGCCUUUGGUAUCACUUUCAUACAACUUAAAUCUUUUUCAACGAUGUCGAGUUGGGAAGCAUAAGUUGUGUACAUAUGGGGUAGGAAUGGCCAAAUCUAGGUGGGCUGGCACCCCGUCAUAUUCAAAGACCACCGACUUAUCGGGAUCCAUUUUUUCCUCGCCCGUGCCAGAAAGUCACCGAAAAACUGACACAGUCUUCAUUACUCCAGCAGCUGCCAAGGAAAACAUUUGAUAGGUGAUAUUGCCAUGCGCAUAUUCAAGUUUCACCUUGUUGGCCGCACACUUGGCGGUACACCCUCCACUCCCUGUCGCGCCCCACCAUGACUUCUGGCCGAAUAGGGUAAAUGUAUAGCCGCAGCCGUCAACGAACACACAGUGGCGAAGUACGGCGUGAUUCUUUGAACAAAUUCAGGCCAAUUUUGGGGACAAUUGGUAUUGUUUAAUUGAAAAUAGAUUUUUGUCUAUUAAAUGUAAAGAACGCUCAAUUGAUUGUCCAAGCGCAUUAAUGUUUGUCUUAUCCAUUCUCAAGCUGUCCAGAAAUGCUAUUGAAUUGCAAACAGUGUCAUAAAAAUGUUAAUGAAUAGCGUUUUUCACUUAAAUGUUUGUCUAUUGUCCCUAAUGAUUUUCAAGAUAAUGUUAAUGACUCGAAUGUUGGCGUUAAUGAAAGUAUAUUUUUCUCUUUUGUAUGCAGAAUGACGCAAAUGAAUGCCCAAAAAUGUUAGUAAAUGUUGAUUAAAAUGCAAAAUGUUUGCUUUGUCGCACUAAUGAAUGUAUCUUCGCGCUAUUGGUCGCCGUUUCAUGCAAAUGAAUGAAUAUUUUCUUGUAAUGAACAGCAAAAGGUGUAAUUUCAUGCAUGUUUUGUCCAAAUUCUGAUUGAUUAUUAGGAUUUGGACAAAGUGCAAGUGAAAUAGUCCCUAAUUUCACAAGUAUAUGUUGUGGUUCAAUUUUAUCCUUGGUUUAAAUUUUAUUUUCUUUUGUUUCAAACUCAUUAUCAUACAUUACCAUACCCAAAAACAAAGGGAAAAAAAAUUUAAACCAAGGAUAAAAUUGAACCACAACAUAUACAAUAAAGUUACCUGUUAAAUAUCAUGGGUGACAAAUUAUGCUCACAGUUAUAGUAAUUGUAGGUUUUUGACUUUGUUAUAGUUAGUAUCGAUCCAGAACUCCACACACUGAAAAGUUAACUUUAUAGCUUAACGUCUGGCUUAAGUUGAUGCUACCUGUAUCUUGGCACUUAGAUGUAUGGAAAUUUUGUAACUUCACACUUUUUCUCCUCAAUUUUUAAAGCACUUAUUUAGAAUUAAUCACAUUAAUGUGCAAUAAUGAAGAAACCCAGGGUAGGAAAUAUGAGAUCUUCUUAUGUAAACAUGGUUCUUGUUGAGACUUGAACGAAUCAAUGAUCAAAGAGGUGUGAGAGAGCAGGGCACUCUACAAAUAACAAAAAAAAUUGAAUAAAAAUACUAAUAUUGUACAGUUGUAGUGGAGCUCUCACGCGCCCAAGUGUGCACAGCGGAGCACCAUGGGCAAAAUUUGGUUAUCUCUGCAUCCAAGAAAUUUUGGUUCGUCUAUACAUACGUCCACCACCACAUGUUAGGGGAUGUGAAAUGGUGCACUUUAAUACUAGCUAGGAGUCCAAUAGGCAUAUGCUACAGUGUACCUGUGUAAAAGGAGUGUAGCUAAAUGUCAUGGGGCAUGGGUAGUGGGUAGAGAUCGUGGGUCAUGGGUGUGGGUGGUGGGUGUGGGUAAAUGUCGUGGGUAAAAGUUUUUUCAUGAAACAAAAAUCUUCACAUACCACAUACAUACCAGGAGUCCUAUUCCUCUUUCAUCAGCAAAGCAAAUAAGCGAAUCCUUUAGUACAAAUGGACACUAACAACUAAAAGGCAUUUAGGCAACAAAUAAAAGAAACUCUCUACACUAUGUAAGUUACCUGAAUCAGGCUAAAGAAAAACUGGAGACUGAACUGCUUUUUCUCAAAGGUGUCAACAUUCAUGACUGAAACGUCCUUUCAUUUUAAGGAAUGAUAUUCAGAAUCGUUACAGCAAAGAUUUUGUACACAAAACAAAACAAAAAAGAGUUCGGAAAAUUACAUUUCCGUAGGGCAAUAAAAUUUACAUACAGUCUUGCCUUAACUUGAAAGGUUGAGCAUGAAGGUGGUUCCUUCAUAAGCUAACAGACCUAAAACUUCUUUAAGGAUUUCUACCCCAAAAUAUGAAAUAGCUCAAAAUUGCCUUUUUUUCCCCUCACUUCCCCUCCGCUUUCCCAUGGUUAUCACUUUUUAUUGUGUUUAAAAAUCUCGCUUAUCAUUGGAAUUGUAGAUCGAAUAAAGCAUCUAUUUGACAUUUAAAGUAAGCUUAUUCACCUUAAGCCGUGUCUGAAUUUUGUUUAGAUCAGAAUUUAUUUCAACUUGUAAUUAUAAGGUAUCAGCAUCUUCGGCUGUAUGCAUUUAAGUGAUGUCGUCCGCAAACAUUCUGGGCCUUGAGAACGGUUGACAUUGGGGAAAGGCCAUUUAUGUAUAAAAUAAACAACUGUGGACCAAGAAAUGAUCCUUGAGGAAUUCCACAUGCUAACGUACAGAAAUCACAAAGUUCACUGUCAACAAAAGUUUUCUGUUUUUGCCCUGUAAGAUAUGAUUUAAACCUUGCUAACGUUUGGAACCUAACUCCAUAAAACUUGAGUUUCUGGGAGAGGAUAGAGUGGUCCAUGGUGCCAAAGGCUUUUUUUAGAUCCAAAAAAACAACACACUAAAUUAAAAGACUGUUGUUGUGUCCCCUUUGAACCAAACAACCAGCCAAUUGUGAGAAAAUAAAAAUGCAAAUGAAGCCCUAACAGUGCACUGUGUGUGAUCUCUCCAUGAAUUUUUUUUAGCGGAACCAUGUCUUGGUGCCAGUGGAGAGGAAGAUAAAAUGGCAUCUCUUCUUGGCUCACAUAAAUUUAAAGGCUGCUCCUUUAGGGUUGAGAGAGGCGAUUAUUCUGGAAUUCUGAGAAAGGUUGUAGAAAAUUUGGAAAGAGCAAAGGUAUAAACUACAUGUAUACUACCAAAAAUAAUAUUUAUUGUUUUAUAGUAACUUAAUGAAAGAGUUAGUUUCAACUGAAAAGAAACUGGUGCUGCAUUGUAAUACGUGUAAUUAAUUUACCACACUUUAAAUGGAUUGAGUUGAUUACAAAGGGCUAGCUCCUCAAAUGUCAGCUUUUCAAUCUUUUUACAGUUGGUGAAUUGAUUUAUCAAUUCAGUUUGUAAGCCAAUUUCUGAAAUACUCAUAUGCUUGGAUGUAGCUAAGGAAAAGCUAAGCAGGUUAUUUUAUUAGUCAAGCCAGCUUUUUCACUCGACUGUACCUUCGAAAUUAACCUGGGCAAGGUUCGUACAGGUCAUGAAAAACCUGGAAAAACAUGAAAUUAACCCAUUCACCCUUGAGAAUUUUGCCGAAAAACGUGUUUUGAAGCUAGUCGAGCCAUUUUCUAGUCACUAUCUGGCUGUCUGGCAGCAUAAAAUGUGGCGUAAUGCAAUGGUUGCAGCAAGAUAACGAGAUAUCUUUGUACACAGAAAGAGUACAUCAGCAAAGAUGUUUGUUGUGUUAACCUUUACGUGGUCUUGUUUCAGGAGUUUGUUUCUAAUGACAAUGAACUGUCCAUGUUAAAGAACUACAUCCACAGCUUCAAUACGGGAUCUAUUAAUGCGCAUAAAGAUGGAUCUAGGUUUUGGAUAAGAGAUAAAGGACCCAUUGUAGAAAGGUAAGAACCAGGGGGGGCUGGCAGCGAGGUCUGGAACCGAGUUUACAUGAUCGCCCCAGUUAAGAAAUUCGGCCGAGUGAGACUGAGUACAAAUUUUCCUUGAAAACAAAUAUGGCGGAGAAUGCAGACAUGGAAGGACGAUGAGUUUUUGCUCGGUUUUAAGUUUUCCCGCGUACAAAUAUCAAGAAAAGGUUUCUAUGAACUUUUUUAAUGGACCUUUUGGACAUCAGGAGGCGUGAUGUAUGAACAGUUCAUGGGUGACUUCACUCAUCGUGAUUCGGGAACUCGGCAAGUUCAGUUAUUUUUACGCUUCGUGAACUUUCGAGCGACCGUCUUGCUCCAUCUCUUAUAUUUUUCCACUUACAGUGGUAUUAAGACUCUCUUCCUUAUCUUAAACAUAUGCUACAAGCACAAUAUAUUGGUAUGACUCUUGCAAUAAUCAUAUGUGAAUGUUCAUUAAACCACUGAUUUUCUACUUCGCUGUUCGUAAGUUUGUUGGUGUACACCGGCAGACACAACAAAUAUUUAUGGGCGUAAAUACAGAAUACAGGGCCAAUUUAGUAAAAACCAGGGUAAAUGUUCCAAUCACUUUGCUUCACAUAUACUAGGUCUGUCAGUAUAAGCUAUUUUUAAUAUCAGAAGGCUGGGAGGGGUUUACUGAACCUUCAAAACCUUCACUAGAAUAUCAUUGGAGUGAUAAUCAACAAAUUUCCAACUGCAAUACCGUAUUUAGUAGUUUUGUAUUAUAUAGUGACUUCGGUUUCAAGUAUUCCUUGAAAUUGUUGGUACAAAAAUUACCCUUCAGUUAUGAAUUAUACUUGAAAUCAUUAUAGUGGUUUAGUGUAAGACAAGAGGCUAAUUCAGUUGCUAAUAAGAGUGAGUACAUCAGGAAAGAGUAUGCGUUGAGAAAAUCCCUCAAAGGACUGAAGUACAGGAAACAGAAAAAAGAAAACUGAAUGUUUUGCAAAGUUUAUAAAGAAAAUCAGAAGAGUGACGCUUGAAAAAUAUACAGCUUAAGUUUAUUGUUUGUGUAAGUUAUGAAUUUGAUUUACAACUAAAUUAUACAAGGUAAAAUUGAUUUUUUAUCAACCAUCAAAAGAAGUUAUUGUCGGGCUUGAGCCCUAUCCUCUCAGCAGUUCUUUCUAUGAUACUACCCUUGGCUUAUUUGGCCUAGAUGGGUAUGUGCUGCUGAUUUAGGGUGGUGACCAUUUCACCCUUUAGAGUUUUGAACAAGGUGUCUGUUUGGGUUGUGAAGGUUGAAGAAGAAGCGGUCUAUAGAGUAAAGUCUAUUGGUACCUCCCCCCCAAGUUUUGCCAUGUUUCUAAGUUUAAAAGCUACCUUAAUUCUGUAUGCUAAAGGAAAUGAAUCAGGAUUAUAAAAGAAGGUCUCUUGGCUUAAAAAGGGUAGGGAAAUGAACAAUGUGUCCUACUACCCAUACUCUCUUUCAGUGUAAGCCCAGGGAGGUGAUCUCACAUUUUAAUUCCCUUUUACCACUUGUUGUAACAGCAAAGUCAGUGAAGGUUUAUGGUCUCUGAAAAAUAUUCUUGCCAGCCUCAACACAAGUUUCUAACUGCUACUGUUGACUGUAAAUAAUAUUAUCUUAAUAAUCAUUUUACAUUUUUUUCCAAGGCAUCCUAGGGUGUUUUCAAUAUCCACUAGUACAGGGCAAUUUUUAAGUUCAAAGGGUUUACUUUGAUUUCAUUAACAGUAAACUACAUUUUUACACAGACACAAACUAACCUGGCAGGUUGAUGUCCAAAGGCGUAAAACAUUACAUGCAACUAUAAGGCAAAAACUGAUCACGAUGGCCAAAGGAAAGGCAAAAAUAGAAUGUCAUCAUUUUUUUAAUUUCAUAAAUUCCCUUUGAAGCAUAUUUAGCCAGAUGCAGUCCUUGUCAAAACAUGCAAACUUGAACAUUUAUUUUCUGACCUUAGCUAAUCUUUUUGAAACCAUAGUCUUGUUCCAGUGGGUAGUGUAGUUUUGGAAUAAAAUAUUUAUAAUUUCUCCCUCUUUGUUUGCAACAAAACAAAACACAAUUGAAUGAGGACUGAAACUGAAGGCAGUGUAGUAACUGCUGUCAUGAAAAGAGAAUUCCAAACACAAAAAAUAAUUACCCUUUCAUUUGCCUAUAUUCAUUUCUUAGAAACUACCGUAAAGUUUAAAUUAGAUCACACGAAGAUAAGAACUUAAGCAUAUCAAGAGUGAAUGAUUUAUUUAGCUUCUAGUGCAUAACAAAAUACAUGAACUACGAGAUUUGACCAUAUACCACUCAAUCAUCCAACGCAACUCUGCCAGGAUAAGUUCAUAAUCAAGGAUGAAGAAUUAAGAAUCUCAAUUAUCAUUUCUUUUCGUCUUAAAGUUGUAAUAAAACCGUAAACAACUCUGACAACUCUUCUACUUGACCACGGCCACCGCGCUUUUUUUAAUAUCACGAAGGAUUAAUUUUCAGCCUUUCACUUGAAAAUAUAAACUCUUCUACAUACCCAUUGGAGGGUUGGCCCUUCUUCUAGUUUUGUGGGGCUUCUAAACAGAAACACAGCUUGAAAGCCUGUAGUGAGCCAAAAGGUCGGGCAUCGAGGAACAUGUACAAUGACUGUUCACUGGUCUCGUUCUUAGCGUAGUAANUUUACGUGGUCUUGUUUCAGGAGUUUGUUUCUAAUGACAAUGAACUGUCCAUGUUAAAGAACUACAUCCACAGCUUCAAUACGGGAUCUAUUAAUGCGCAUAAAGAUGGAUCUAGGUUUUGGAUAAGAGAUAAAGGACCCAUUGUAGAAAGGUAAGAACAUAACGGAAUAUAAGUCUACAUUGUUGCAUAAUUGCUGGAGUUGAACUUUUUAUUUUCACCAUGAAAGGAAACCAGUCAACUGGCCAGCUUUGCUAGUUACUGAAGAAAUUAAAGAAGUUUUUGUAUUUCUUGUUCUUUAAACGCGCUUCGUUGAAGGUUUGAGUAUCCCUCUUAUAUUUUUCACCGUGUAUCAAAGUUUUUUGAAGUAGGCAUGCAGGUUGACCGCAAUUUUGUUUUAUAGUAAUUUUAAUGAUCAAGCUUAAUCAGUCCCAUCUUAUAAGAAUAUUAAUGAGCAGACCUUUUUUCUUUUCAAGUUAAAAGACAAAUUCUUUUCUCUACCGCCGCGAGGUUUUGCUUAUUUUCAUUUUACUUAUUCUUUAAUUACCAUUCCAAUGCUCUCAUUCGCGUAUAGUUGAAGUUUACUUAUCAGACUGAAAAAUUCAACGUUACGUUUUUCUAUACUGUAGCUAUAUAGGGUUCAUUGAGACAUACAGAGAUCCUUUUGGUGUUCGAGCAGAAUAUGAGGGUAAGCCAACUUCUCACUUCCUUCAUCCUGUUUCCUUAUUUAGUGCUACAUUCAUUCUUUCACCUUUCCGCUUCAGAUUAGCUCGUAUUUUAUAGGCAUCUUUUUAGUUUUGUUUAUUUUAGUUUGCGGAGUGAACAAUGCUGCCAUUAUUGAUUCGUGAUGACAUAGCCUGCUUUAAAUAGUUAAUGUCGCUGUUGUUGUUUUUAUAGCUCAGCACCCGUAAUAAUUACAAACGCCUGUGUAGCGGCGGUGGGACAGUAGGAAACAAACAAACGAGUCAAAAGACUGGAACCCAACAAACAAAACAUUGACAAUUGUAGAAACUCUGCAGUCCCCCUUCCUCCCAAUUUGCAAAAGAAGAAAUCAGUGGACUUUUCCAAAAAACUGUCACAAGUUUUUCUAUUGACAACUGAAUGUAGUGCAAAGGACUGUUCCACUACACUGUAACUCAUAAUUUUCACCUAUAUUUUGAACGCCGUCUUCCUGCAGGGUUUGUUGCUGUCGUGAACAAAGAAAUGAGUGCCAAGUUUUCGACACUAGUUUCUAGUGCUGAGAAGCUUCUUCCAGACCUUCCGUGGCCUCGUGAAUAUGAAAAAGAUACGUUUUUACGCCCUGACUUUACUUCACUUGAUGUAGUUGGCUUCGGCAGUAGUGGGAUACCGGCUGGAAUUAACAUUCCUAACUGUAAGUUGGCUGUAAACCUUCAUCACUUUAAUUAAUGGGUGCAUUUUAUAUUGUGCGCCCGGGUAAACUACUUCUUUCUGUCGAUCUCCAUGUUCGAAUAGUCAUGCCUGAUAGCUUGCAGCCAAUCACAGUCACUUCAUGUUUGAGCGUAACUCUCCUAGGCGAACAGGAAUGAUUUCAGAGGUUUUUUUAACACUAGUUUACACACUAGCGUCAGUUAAUCGUAUUUGGUUAUUUCUAUCCUUUUAUAGAUGAUGAUAUUCGCCAAGAGGAAGGAUUCAAGAAUGUUUCUUUGGGAAAUGUACUUGCAGCUCACACAGUGGAUAAGAAAGUUACAUUCCUAAGUGACGAAGACCAAGUAAGAUGCCAUUCUUUAUUUCAAUGCUACUGCAUAUAGUAUUUCGGCACCAUUAAGCAGUACAACAUGAAUCGAAAAACCGUUAGGUUUAUUUUGGCUGUUUCUUUCGAGCACCAAGAACUAUAACAAUGCGUUAUACUACAACUUCUAUUUCAUUCAAAUAUGUGGUAGAUAAACUAGAAAAGAGCUGAGCGACAGUUUACAACGAAUACUGUCAGAACGGAGGCCAGAAAAACCCCGCCGAAUAAAAUCCCAGUAUAGGGAAAAUACUCGUGCCCACGUUUACUAAACAUGUUUUGCAGUAAAGCACGACGAACUCCAAACAAUUAUUCGAAAACAAACGAAAAAUAACGAAAACAAGCUAAAACCCUCGGCAAACUCGAUUUGCCACUUAAUGAAUUAAAUAAAUAAAAAGUAAAUAAAUAAAUAAAUAAUAAUGUGGGCUAAAAGAGGUGUCGGCAUUUUGCUUUAGUCUCUUUGCAUAAUUUAAAAGUUAGCUGUCGUUAUUGCCUUUGUUUGUUUGUUUGUUUUUUUUUCAUCUAAAAAAUCCAGGAAUUGUUUACGAAGCUUAAAGCGCCAGCUUUUGAGGUUCAGGUUGGCCUUCAUGAACUUUUAGGGCAUGGAAGUGGAAAACUAUUUGUUAAGGUAACUAUCUUCAAAUGCAUGUCUCUUGCAAGAUGACGUGUUGUUUCGUUUGAAAUCUAUUUUUAUUCGGUUUUGAUUUUCUUUUUCAGCGACAAGAUGGCUCUUACAACUUUGAUAUUGAAAACGUGAAGCACACAGAGACUGGAGAAAAAGUAAGGACGAUACUUGCAAUUUUUUCACCUUUAUCGCUAUUAAACUAUGAAAGAAAAAGGUUCUAUCUUAAGAUGUGAUCUUGUUUUAAUAGUUUUUAUGUCGCAAAUAAAUAGUAACGUGCGCUGAAAGGUUAAAUAUGAAUGUCUAAAUUGACAAUAAUAACGCAGUUAUUGUUGAGGAUGAACGAAUCCACGUUUAUGGGAAUAUUUGAAAAAUUUGAGUUACAUUAAUUCCAAGUAAAAGUUUUGUUUUUAUUUCAACAUAACGAACUCCAAUCUUGAAAAUUUUUGUCGUUCCCAGAUCACCAGCUGGUACACUGACGGAGAGACCUGGUACACGCGGUUUGCUGAUCUAAGCUCGUCAUAUGAAGAAUGUCGUGCGGAGUGUGUCGGGAUAUAUCUUUGCACAAACAGACAGGUCCUGAGGUCAGUGGCCUUUACCUCUAGAUAAGGCAUUGAGCAUUUUAGGGAGUAGAUUGUCUUAAGUAGAAAGAAGUCCCUGAAGUGAUGUGGCACACGUCUUUUGGGAGUGAAAUGGUAAAUAAAUGGACAGGUAUCCGUAGAUAUUUAAGCAAUAGUAAACGUUUUCCGUGUUUGCAUAGCCUGAUAUAAACACGAGAGGGGUUGGGAGAAUGCGAGACAGUUAUGCAAACCCGAGACGAAGUCGAGGGUUUGCAUAACUUUCGAGAAAAGAAGGUUGCGGAUCUCCGGUGUCGUUUUUUAAAAAGAUAACUAAAAUAUUUUAUUGAAAGGGCUCUUUUUUGCGUUUUGAGAAACAUACCGUGACUAAUUUUCUCUUUAAGAAUGGUCAGCGUUUCAGACGUCCACGAAGUCUUGCACGCGUAAUCAGUUCUUGUUUUGCAAAAAGAUGCUUUCCAAAAUACGGAUUUUUCUAGCUUAAAAUGUCAGCGUAAGCGAAGAAAAAUUGACACACCUUCUUUGUAACGAUUUUCCAAGUUUCAGCCGACGAAGGAAUGGGUAAAUAAAGUAAACUUGUGGAGUUUUGAACUCGAAAACUUUUUCAAAUUCGUGCUUGCGUGAUUAGCGCGCGAAAAGCAAAACAUCUUGACGCCACAACCUUGUUUACAUACUCUCAUGCAAACACUCCUCUCGGCCAAUCAGAGGGCGCGUACUAUCUUAGUUAUUUUAUAAAUGCUUGUAUUCCACCCUCUGCGUGAUGGCCUCAUUAGUAGCGGCAGCUUUCCGUUGAUCUAGCAAAAUAAAUUCAAUAUUGCGCACUAAGUGGAGUUUGACACGUUAAUACUAGACUGUUCUCAGUCCCCUAUUUUUCCUUGCGAUAACUGAGGUCGAGAAGUCGCCAUCUUGGUUUUAAAUGUUCAGAGAAAUCUGGGGAAGGAGACAGCAGCUUGAUGAAAGAAAGUGUAUUGUAUAUAAUGUAGCAUCGCUUUCUCAGAAGUAAAUGAAAUGGUUAAAAAUAGAUUCCAUGGUGCUGCGCGUCUGUUCAGUUCAGCUCACCAAUGAUGUCAAAAUGUAAGAAAAAAAGUGGCACACGAUCCGCAGGGGAGGUGUGGCGUUGAUAGCAUGUUUUGAAGUCUUCUGUGAUCUAAUUCUGUACAGAAGCACGGCAACAUGAAAUCUAUUUGUCUUAUCCGAUGGAUAGGAAACAUAAACAACAAACUUGCUUCUUGGGGCUCGCUUUUCGAAGAUUUGUGCCAGUUUGGACAUUUUCCAAGUCAUCAACGGGACUUUUCGUCUCGUCUUUUUUAUCUUUGUUGUCCUGGUAAACAGCUUUUUCUGAGCUUUUUACGAGACCUUCACUUUAUCAAUUUUUAAAACCGUCGCUUAGCGAUGACAAUUAUUUUGAAGAAUUCUUCCAGUUCAGGCAUUUUCAGGUCACAGACAACGCCUUUUGUCCCAGGUUUUCUUUUUCCUUACUUUUUUGAGGCCUUCACUGGCUCAAUCCGAUAUAGUCUAACCAACACUUCUAAAAAUGAAAAUGAAGAAAUGAUCGUCGCAGUGAACGCAAUUUAUGCAAUUGCGUAAAGAAGCCUGAAAAAAAAAAUUCAGAACUUCAACGGGGCUUGAACCCGUGACCUCGUGAUACUGAUGCGAUGCUCUACCAACUGAGCUAUGGGUGAAUUGUGGGUUCAUAUGUCCCCGUGAAAGAAUUUUUUUUUCAGGCUUCUUUACGUUCAAUUGCGUUCACUGCGACGAUCAUUUCUUCAUUUUCAUUUCAUUUCCGCAGUUCAUAUAUGAUUUAUUACACUUCUAAAAACUCCGCGCCAUGUUGUACACAACAGAGAGAGAAAGCAAUUUUUCGGACGUCAUUCGUGUGUCUGUACCCUAAUAAAUGAUAGGAAAGGACCAAACACCAGGCGCGUAACAUUCUGUACCUUGUAUUAACUCUAACAGAUUUUAGGCAAGGACCAAUCACAGCGCGCGUAGUAUUCAUUACUUUGUAUAAAUUGAAAUGGUAGUCGUUAUCGUUACAUUGAGCCGUGAGAUAAGCUAUGCAAAUAAAGGCAUAUUGCUUUUCUGAUGGUCUCAAUUGGAUGUGGUUAUUUGUCCUUGUAGAAUCUUUGGUCAUGAAGGUACAGACGCAGACAGUAUAGUGUACAUUAACUGGCUUAACAUGGUACGAGCAGGGCUUCUAGGACUGGAAUUUUAUACCCCUGAAAACGACAAAUGGAGGCAGGUUGGUGUUAGUAGUAUAUCGAUUGUUUAACAGGUAAUAAGCGCAGAUAUUUUUUCGAUCCCCGAAAGGGUAAGAAAAAGAGCGAACAAUCAAAAAAAUGUCCGGUGUUUUUUUUAUCAUUAUUUGGGCGUCGCCCAGAUCGCUUGUUUUGAUUCAAAGUUGCAAUAGGCACGCAACACGUGCGACCGUAAACAAGCCAAGCGACGUGAAUCGACUCGUACAAAAGCAUGCCGGAAAGAAAGCUUUCCUAGCAGGGUACUUGAUCCCACUUUUACGAUCUCAACAACCUUGCAAGAAAGAAACACAGUUCCGAGCAGUGCGGGUACGGAGAAAUAAAAAAGCGAUGAACAUGCUAAAGCAACGCCUCCAGACCCUACAGUACAGGUACCGGUCAUUGCCCUUUUUCAUUGUAAAGACUAUUCAUUACCAGUAAGCACAUGUCCUCUCAGAGAACGAUAUUUUUGCGCGGAAAAGAUAAACUACAAUAAAUCUUAAGCUUACCGUACUUUUAUCUUACCGGGAAACCGGGCAAUUUUUCAGAAAUUUGAAGGUAAAUCUUUCAAAAAUAAUUGGUUUUGAUAAUAUUUUAGCCCUCAGUUGUCGACAGCCAAAGAAGAUGUCAAGCAAAAUUCCAUGAUCAUGCAUGAGAUAAAUAAGAGAUUGUUUCAGUGAGGAGAAUGACAUGUGAUGAGUGGCCACAUAUAAAGUUUUUCGGCAGCUUGAUAAUUUUAUUGGAACUCAUUGUUGUUAGCCUGUUAAUCUUAAAGUUGAAUGAUGCGUAAUUUCAUUGCAGAUGUUCGGCGUGCAGAUUUUUUUAAAACCCUUGGGUUACCUAGAUUAAGUCGUAUUCUCUCACACACGAACCACGAAAGCGGCAAAUUCUAAAGCUUUCACGUGCAAACUGCGUGACAAUACAACUCACAGUAAGGGCCUUAUUAUACAUGAGCCGGGCUGGCUGAUUCUGCCGAGGUGACUUUUAUCCCGGUAUUACAUGAAUAGGGCCAGCCCGGAGCGGCUAUUUUUAUAUAGAGAUUGGAAGCAGUGCGCAUGAGUAUUGUGUUACCCGCUGUCCUGUUUCUCGCUUGGUUUAUUCGCCGGGCUCCAUGGCAAGCGUGAUUACUUGUAACAUUUUCAGGCGGGAUUCCGGCAUCACAAUACUGGGAUCCCAGCUAACCGGGCUGACUCGGUUGCCAUGUAGUCGCAAAGCUGAUUUAUGUUGCGUUUAUCUAAAGAUGCCGGGAUCUCUGCAAAGCGAGCCAGCCCGGCUCAUGUAAUCAGACCCUUAGUUCUAUAGCCAGAUUUUUCGCCCUUCCCCUUGACCUCACCGAUUUUUCAAAGCCCCUCGAAUCCAUACACCCAAAAUUUCAGCCCCCACAGACAUCUUCGUACCUCCUUCUCCAUAUUAAAUGAACUUUCCCUUAUCCACGCUCUAUCCAUCUGAUCUAAACAGAAAGCGUUACAACAUUUAAAAUAAGUACAAAAUAUAUGUUUUCGACUAUUGAUAAGAUCUUUCCAUCCUCGGAGACCCAGGGGCAGUCAGUCGGGUUGGGAGAAAGGACGUGACUAAAGUCUUUAAGUACGGGCGAAAGAGCCCCUGGGUACCGACUCUCACCGAGCUAUUUCCAAAACUUCAAGCGGAUGCCGGCUCCUGAUUGGGCACAAAAAAUGCUUUGUAUUAUUGUGCCCAAUCGGCGAACAGUUUCUCCUGAGUUCUUUUCGUGAGUUCGUACACAACGACUAUUGUUUUGCCAUACUUGCACGGUUCGUUCACCAAGCAUGUGCGAGCAAGGGAAACUUUUAUUUUCUACUUUCCUAACAAGAAACGAAGGAACUACCGAUGAGUCGAAAAAAACUUUUGGGAUGCUAUCAGCAGGAGCAAUUCAAUUUGCCCCGAGAAUAUUCUGUUUUUGACUCAUCAAGAUGCGGCGGCGACGAGAAAGUCAAAUAAGCAAUAGCUUGACAAGGCAAAACAACAACUUUGCAAGAGCAUCACACUUUUUUGUACAUUUCUUUGCCGUCAACUGCACGACUACCCGUGAAAAUAUCUAAUUUCAUGUUUUGUGAAGGACGUAAACAAGCAAUAACAAAAUUCAUUCUCUUCAUGUACUUGGAUAUGGUUGAUAGAAAUUCAGCUCCAGAAGAGUUGGAUAGAAACUGAAAAAAAAAGUGAAUUCCAUUUUCCAUGCGACGAUUUGGUGGUUGUCAGCCGUCGUGGCAAUUUUUAAAAAUUCCCUAGUAUUUACGCAAGACGUGACCGAUGCAAGCGUGAAUACCUGUUGUAAGCCCCAGCUUGUAUUUAUGGAAAACCGUCUUUAGUUUUCGGGCAGACAGUAUUUUGAAAUCAGAUGGGGAUUUUAUAUCAAACUGAAAGUUUCCUGACUGAGUGCAUUUCUUUGGUGCAUGAGCCAGACAAGCUGUGAUCGAAACAAUAGCCGUCGUGUACGAACUCACGAAAAGAACUUAGGAGCAACUGUUCGCCGAUUGGGCACAAUAAUACAAAGCAUUUUUUGUGCCCAAUCAGGAGCCGGCAUCCGCUUGAAGUUUUGGAAAUAGCUCGGUGAGAGUCGGUACCCAGGGGCUCUUUCGCCCGUACUUGAAAACUUUAGUCACGUCCUUUCUCCCAACCCGACUGACUGCCCCUGGGUCUCCGAGGAUGAGAUCUUUCACAACCACCACGUCAUUCCAACUGACUGUAACUACACUAUCCCUGCAUAACCAAAUUAGCACUCCCACAGCUACCUCACUGCAACACGUAAAAUUAAUUUUCCGUCCAAAAAAAAAUAUUUCUUGUUACUUCAUAUCAAAUUCAGUUUCACUGAUUAACAAACUACAGCCAUUUUCUUACUAAUCCACGUUCAAUAUGACUGACUGAUAGUGCGGUAGCCAAACAACUUCAUCAUCACAUCAACAUUGUCUAUGCUAGUACGAUAUUUGAAAUUGUGGCAAACAUAAUUUAGAGAUCCAUUACUAUACUAGGAGGGUGAACCAAGUAGGGGACUACGUGUCCUAUUGUUCUCUCCCCUGUACAUUGAACGAAUCUAUAAAUAAAUAAAUAAUAAAUAAAUAAAUAAAUAUGCGGACGAUAGCCAACUCUAUUUAUCAUUCUGUCCUAAUGAUAAUGCAAAUCAAGAGGCCGCCUUAGCUAGGGUCGAAACAUUGGUAAUUGGAUGCUGAACGACAAAUUGAAACUGAACGAUAGUAAAACUGAAUUCAUGAUCAUUGGCACAUCGCAGCAACGAGCUAAAGUAUCUAUUAAUAGCCCUCGUGUCGGGACUGCAACUGUCACCUCUGUGUCGUCUGCAAGGAACUAGGACUCAUGGUUUGAUUCUAAGCUGGCGAUGGCAAUCCAUAUUUCAGUCUAUCUAAAGGCAACACCAAGUGCUGGUUCAUGCCUUUAUUUCAUGCAGAAUCCAUCACUGUAACAGUCUUUUAUAUGGCCUGUCGGAGUAUCAACUCAAUAAGCUACAGCAUGUGCAGAACGUGUGCAAGAUUAAUAUGCAGUGAAAGUAAAUAUUGUCUCAUUACUCCUUCAUUAGUUAGAUUUACAUUGGCUGCCUGUAAAAUUCAGAAUUGAAUUUAAAAUCCUGUUGAUUGUUUUUAAGAUUUUUAAGAGCUUGGCACCUUCGUAUUUAAGUUUGUUAAUUACUCCUAAGCCUGUAUCUAGAUAUAACUUAAGAAGUUCUAGCGACAGUACUCUACCUAGUUAUCCGAAUGUUAAGCCCAAAGCAACUCUCGGUGAACGGGCCGUUCUGUUUGCCGCACCUAAGUUAUGGAAUGUUCUACCAAGAUAUAUCAGGGAAUCCAUUUCUAUUGACACUUUUAAGGGAGUGCUGAAGACUCACCUUUUUAAAAAGCAUUUUGAACCACUUAGAGUAUAAGAGUGUAUUUUUAGCUUAGAUUAUAAGUUGUUUUUAGCCUAUAAUUUUCAAGAUUAUGCUAACGGAUUUUUUCUUUUUAACUUUUAGCCAUUAGUUUUUCUAUAAUAUUAUACAUGUAUAUAUAUAUGUAUAUUAUCAUGUUUUAUCAUUUUUGUUAUCAAAAUUAUUCUUUAUUAUUAUUAUUAUUAUUAUUAUUACUACUACUAUUGUGUUUUUUCCCUAUGGCGCAUUUGAAUAUAUUGAUAUUUUCGCUUUAUAAGUUUUGAAAUUAAUUUGAAAUUAAUAUAACUCCACGCCUUCCACUUCACUCAUCUCAACCAACCCCUAAAAUAUACACCGCUACUGCACUACUCACACAGCCCUAUACACUUAAAAAACUUCACAUACGCGUUGUACAACGACGCCCAAAUAUACGCUCCCACAGUGUCUUGUUUUGUUUUAUUUUGUUUUGUUUUUUUUUUUAAUUUGGCUAUGCAUAGCGAGUAACCAAAUGAGUUACUGCAGGUUUUCUUUUCCUUGUGCUGCAAAAGGCUCAAAAAUCGAUUACGUUUUUGUUCCAGCAAUAAGUUGGUAACCCUGUGGCAUUAGAUAUACGAUAAAAGGUAGCUAAAUUGCAGCUUCGGUUUGGACAGAGAAAAUAAGGUUGGCAAGUCAUAACCAUUAGCCAUAUUUGCCUCUUUCCAGGCUCACAUGCAGGCACGGUAUGUCAUUCUGCGCGUGCUCCUUGAAGCUGGUGAAGGACUGGUACAACUGACCAGUGUCACGGGCUCAGACGGCAAACCGGAUGUGUUAAUAAAGCUAGAUAAAACAAAAAUUGAGUCAGUUGGCAGACCAGCUAUUGGAAAGUUCCUCAAAAAGCUUCAGGUGAGUCGGUCUCUCUCUACNUUAUUAUUAUUAUUAUUAUUAUUAUUACUACUACUAUUGUGUUUUUUCCCUAUGGCGCAUUUGAAUAUAUUGAUAUUUUCGCUUUAUAAGUUUUGAAAUUAAUUUGAAAUUAAUAUAACUCCACGCCUUCCACUUCACUCAUCUCAACCAACCCCUAAAAUAUACAACGCUACUGCACUACUCACACAGCCCUAUACACUUAAAAAACUUCACAUACGCGUUGUACAACGACGCCCAAAUAUACGCUCCCACAGUGUCUUGUUUUGUUUUAUUUUGUUUUGUUUUUUUUUUUAAUUUGGCUAUGCAUAGCGAGUAACCAAAUGAGUUACUGCAGGUUUUCUUUUCCUUGUGCUGCAAAAGGCUCAAAAAUCGAUUACGUUUUUGUUCCAGCAAUAAGUUGGUAACCCUGUGGCAUUAGAUAUACGAUAAAAGGUAGCUAAAUUGCAGCUUCGGUUUGGACAGAGAAAAUAAGGUUGGCAAGUCAUAACCAUUAGCCAUAUUUGCCUCUUUCCAGGCUCACAUGCAGGCACGGUAUGUCAUUCUGCGCGUGCUCCUUGAAGCUGGUGAAGGACUGGUACAACUGACCAGUGUCACGGGCUCAGACGGCAAACCGGAUGUGUUAAUAAAGCUAGAUAAAACAAAAAUUGAGUCAGUUGGCAGACCAGCUAUUGGAAAGUUCCUCAAAAAGCUUCAGGUGAGUCGGUCUCUCUCUACUUAUACAUCUUAUCACAUUUGCUUUUUGCCUCUGCGUUUCCUUUCUUCUGUUUGCUCUCGCUGCUUUUUGCAGGCUACAGAGAAUGAGAUUUUUCUUCAUCAGUGUACUCAUGCAUCGAUCAGUGAGGGUAGACUUAAACUCUGUCCGCAAACUACUGUCCCCAAUUUACCCAGCAACCCCCUGUUGACACUGAGUAUGAAGUCUAGCCUUGUCUAUAGAUUAAUAUGUGGUUAAAUGAGGGGAAUACUACUAAUCAUUAAUCAACUCAUAUAUUUUACCAUCCAUGGUGUUUGUGGCAGGUUUUCAAGUCGACGGCGGAUUACGUUUCCGGAAAAGGUUUGUACGAUCGCUACUCAGUAGUAGAUGAUGAAUUUCUCGCUCUUCGAAAAACAGUUCUGGCCCGGAAGACGCCGAGAAGGAUGUUUGUCCAGGCCCACACUAGUCUGACAGGUAAAAAUGUAUUACACAGGCUCACCCCAGGUUUUUUUCAAUGUGAAAAACGUGAAUAGCGAGUAAAAUGUACGUCGGUGCGUCCAGUAUGCUUCUCAGAAUUUUAGGGAGAGAUAACGAGUGUUUGUUUGGAAACCAAUAGAAAGAAGUGAAAAGUCUUAUACUUUGUUCCUAAACAGCAACAUGUCCUCCAAUAUAACUUUUUACCUUUCAUACUAAAUGCCACACAAACACAGAUGAAAAUAACAGUUUUGUGUAGUGAAGUAGCAAGAUGUUUAGAGUGUCAAUCAGAUGGCCAUACCAAAAAUUUACAACUGUUUCUUUCACUCAUAUUGCACCCACUUUGUUAUAUUUCUCCCCUUCUCCUUAAAUGUCAACAACCGUUCUAUUAGGCCGUCAUUUACUGGAGAGAUUGGGAAGCAUGAACCUGCUUAUUAUUGGGGUAAAAAUAUCCAGGGAUACUGAGAAUUGCCAAGCAAAACCAAUUAGAGGAAAACUUCUUGACUUUGCAAUAUAUUGAGGGGCGGUGGGGAGCAACGGUUGGCGCCGUGUCGAAAGCGCUUGCCUCUGGUCAAUGUGGCUCGGAUUUAAAUCCUGGCUUUGACUUUUUAUUUUGGUUGAUAUUGUUGCUCUUCUCGUCCAGUUCUUUUCCGAGAUGUUUUUUUUUUUACCCGGGUACUCUAAUUUACCCUAACUAUCCUUAAACUCUUGCAAAUUCCUAUUCCAUCCGGGAGACACAAAUACCGCAAAACGAAUUCUUUAGAGCCCCUAACGUUUUACCAGUAAAUAGCUAAGUUACUUUUACAUUAUUACUUGCCAGUGGUGUUUCAAGUCUUCGACGUCCACGCUACUUAUUCCAAAUUUAAACCCAAGUUAAGGGGGACGUUGACGAAGUUCUCAGAGUUUUCAUUUGCCUCUUUAAACUUGAGUUUUCCCCUUGGUUUAUUUAUUGUUUUCGUUUUCACAGAUGACAACUGUGUUACCCUGACAGAGUUUGAGCCUAGUCCUGCUGGGAUGAUCAACUCGUUUACUACUCGUUUUGCUAGACACGACAGUGUGUUGGAAGAUCUGUGGAAGGCAGAGAUGCCCUACCAUAGGCUGUGA